AUGGCAUCCAAACGAAAGGCUUCCGCUAUGAACGCGGCUGCGGCGGAAGAGCCAGUGGAUCCUUCAGAUGAGCUUAUGUUUCUUUGUCUAGGAGGAGGAAACGAAGUCGGAAGGUCAUGUCAUAUUAUCCAAUACAAGGGAAAGACGGUUAUGCUUGACGCCGGCCAACACCCCGCAUACGAUGGACUCGCUGCACUGCCCUUCUACGACGAUUUCGAUCUUAGCACCGUCGACGUUCUUCUCAUCAGCCAAACCGCCUCGUAUUGCGCCGUGCUAUCGCGGCCUGUAUCGUGCUCGCGUGAUGACGACACCCACGACUUUGCUUUCUUUUUCCACAUCGACCAUGCAGCAUCCUUACCAUACGUUCUCGCAAAGACGAACUUCAGGGGUCGUGUCUUUAUGACCCAUCCCACAAAGGCUAUCUACAAGUGGCUCAUUCAGGAUAGUGUUCGAGUGGGAAAUACCUCAUCGAAUCCUACUACACAGCCAGUGUAUACUGAGCAAGACCAUCUAAACACAUUCCCUCAGAUCGAGGCCAUCGAUUACCACACAACUCAUACUAUCUCCUCCAUCAGGAUCACCCCUUACCCUGCCGGCCAUGUUCUUGGUGCUGCCAUGUUCCUUAUCGAGAUUGCUGGCCUCAACAUCUUCUUCACAGGUGACUACUCUCGCGAACAAGAUCGACAUUUAGUGUCAGCAGAGGUUCCUAAGGGCGUCAAGAUUGAUGUUCUUAUUACUGAAUCCACCUACGGCAUUGCUUCUCAUGUCCCUCGCCUAGAGAGAGAACAGGCCCUUAUGAAGUCCAUCACAAGUAUCCUCAACCGAGGCGGUCGUGUCCUCAUGCCAGUCUUUGCCCUCGGACGAGCUCAGGAGCUGCUCCUGAUUCUGGAUGAGUACUGGGGCAAGCAUGCUGACUUCCAGAAGUACCCCAUCUACUAUGCCAGUAACCUUGCCAGGAAGUGUAUGCUUAUCUACCAGACCUACGUUGGUGCCAUGAACGACAACAUCAAGCGCUUGUUCCGUGAGCGAAUGGCCGAGGCAGAGGCGUCUGGCGAUGGAGCUGGUAAGGGUGGACCGUGGGACUUUAAGUACAUCCGUUCUCUCAAGAACUUGGACAGGUUCGACGAUGUUGGCGGGUGUGUCAUGCUUGCCAGUCCUGGUAUGCUGCAGAAUGGUGUCAGCCGCGAGCUACUAGAACGGUGGGCGCCCAGCGAGAAGAACGGUGUGAUCAUCACGGGUUACAGUGUCGAAGGCACAAUGGCUAAGCAGAUCAUGCAAGAACCUGAUCAGAUCCAGGCAGUCAUGUCUCGUAGUAUGGCGGGCGCUCGUCGAAUGCCCGGAGGAGAUGGCGAGAAAGUCCUCAUUCCUCGAAGGUGUAGCGUUCAGGAAUACUCGUUCGCGGCUCAUGUUGAUGGCGUCGAGAACCGUGAAUUUAUCGAAGAAGUUGCAGCUCCUGUCGUUAUUCUUGUUCAUGGCGAACAGCACAACAUGAUGCGUCUCAAAUCCAAACUCCUCUCUCUCAACGCAAACAAAACGGCAAAGGUCAAAGUCUACUCACCACGCAACUGUGAAGAGCUUCGUAUCCCCUUCAGAGCCGAUAAGACUGCCAAGGUCGUUGGAAAACUUGCAUCGAUUCAGCCUCCUCAGAGCAUUCAUCCUGAUCAAAGUGCUGCACCUCCUCUCGUUACUGGCGUCCUCGUCCAGAACGACUUCAAGCUUUCUCUCAUGGCGCCCGAGGAUCUCCGAGAGUACGCGGGUCUAAACACAACCACCAUCACCUGCAAGCAGCGCCUGACCCUCAGUGCUGCAGGUGUCGACCUCGUCAAGUGGGCUCUGGAGGGCACGUUUGGCAACAUCGAAGAACUCCCCGAGAUGCGUCGUGGGAAGAAUGGCCAAAGCAAUGGAAAUGGCGAUCAUAUGAUCACGGAUAGCGAGGAAACGAAGCAAGAGGAUGCUGAUGAAGAGGUUGCUAGCCUCGUUGCAGCUUACCUCGUCAUGGGAUGUGUCUCAGUCCGAUACCGCACAAACGGCGAGGUUGAGCUCGAGUGGGAGGGCAAUAUGCUCAACGACGGCAUUGCCGACUCCGUCAUGGCUGUUCUCUUCUCCGUGGAGAGUUCUCCUGCUGCUGUGAAGCGCUCCUCCGCUAAGCAUUCCCACUCGCACGAGCUACCUGAUGUGAACCCUCACCACUCUGCCUCCCCAGAGGAGCGCCUUGAGCGUCUUCUCUGGUUCCUCGAAGCUCAGUUCGGUCAAGACAACGUUGCUCCAGUCACGACCCCCAAACUGCCAGCUAUAGAGGACGCCGAAGAUAAGAUCAAGAAGGACGAGGCCGACGAUGCCAUGAAGACAGAGGAGGAUGGUGAGGAUACACAACUCCAGGAGAGACAACAGAAGGAGAUUGACAGGCUGCACAAGAUUGGCAUUCCUGUGCCAGGAGUGUCCAUUAAGGUGGACAGGAUGAAUGCUACGGUUUGGUUGGAAGAUCUCGAGGUUGAGUCUAACAACAAGGUUUUUGCAGACAGAGUGAGAGCGGUGGUGGAGAGAGCUGUCGAGGUGACAGCACCUCUUUGGGGAUGA